ACGCCCCCUUGCAGUUCGACACGCCCCCUUCCGGCUUCGGAAGAAGACACUUCCGCCACACAGCUCGAGGCGCCGACACGUGGAGCGGAGCGCGCAACUGCGGAGAUGUUCCUGCAGUUCUACGUCGACGAGGCGGGCGAGCGGGUCUACACCCUCAAGAAGCAGGACCCCAAGGGCGGCCCCACACUGUCUGCCCACCCCGCACGCUUCUCCCCCGAUGACAAGUUCUCGCGCCACCGUAUUAUGCUGAAGCGCCGCUUCGGAUUGCUGCUCACGCAGCAGCCUCUGCCCGUGCUGUAAGGCACGUGGGGGCUUGGCAGGUUGGGCACCACCAGAGAUGGCUCACUCUGGGGGGAGGUGACCAACUGAGACGACCAUCCUGCACAAUUGCUUGCUCCGCAUUUCCAGGAAGACCGCCAAGCAACUCGGUGGCACAAGAGAAGCCCGGCUUGGUUCCAGCAUUUACCCCCCCCCCACCCAGGCUGGUUCCCAAGCCUGUGUGGUGUAGGCCUGGACAUAUUGCUGUGGUGUCAUGGGCCAUGGUAGACCGGUGGUAUUGGCAGGGUCUAUUUUCCCAGGCCAGUGCCAAUCACUCGAUCACCCUGCUCAAUUACUGGAGACAGAACGGGAGUUUUUAAACCUGUGGUGUCUGUGCUCCCCUGCAUCUGGUGAUGUGUGUGAACCCUUUUCUGUGCCACCCCCUCAUCCCGGAUGGCUGUCUUGGGCCCACAGUGGUUGGCAGACCCUGCUUGAGAAGAUCUGUACAUGAAGCCCCUUCACCAAAACACAACUUAAUUUAAGAGCAGAAGCAAAGCAAUGCAGUGUACAUCACAAACUCAAUGUGUAAGAUUACAUUGAAUUAUAUACGUGAUUUGUGGGAUUUUAAAUAAAAAUACUACUGGUGCCACGA